AUGAGAAGGGCUUUGCUGAGGAAUUUACCUCUCUAUGCCCGUAAUCUCCAUUUCUGUCACAAACACGAAUCGAAAAGGGUGAUCCUGUGCAAUGGAAGCACCAAUUUCAGUUCAAGUAAUGUACCGCAAAUCAGUUGCUUCUCUUCGAGAAUCCGAUUUUUUUCAUCUGAAAAUGAUAUCACAAAAGAAACCGCAGAGACGAACCAGGAUUCAUCCGAAUCUAGCGUCAGCCAAACCGAAGAGAAGAAACAAGUGGCUGUCGAGGUCCAAGAUGUAUCCAACAAAGAGUUAAAAUUGCAGAUAGAGGACUACUUCAAGAAUGGCAACGAGGAAGCACUCCCAUUAAUCCUUGAGAGUAUUCUAAAAAGGAGUCUUUCUAAUAAGCAUGAUGACACAGAUGAUGAGUUGAUGGAAGAUCUUCAAAUGCAGCCGAUAGAUAAUGUUAAAGACCAAGAUUUUGAAUCAGAUUUUGAGGAUGCUUAUGAAACGGAUGAAGAGAUUGAUGAUUUGUACAAUGCAAGGGAUAUUGUGGUGAAGAAAAUGGCAGGUGAUCCGUACUUUAAUAUGGAUGACAAGAAGUGGGAUGACAUGAUUGCAGAGGCUGUCGAACAUGGGUAUCUGAAGGAUACUAGGGAGUGCGAGGCAAUACUAGAGGACAUGCUUAACUGGGACAAACUUCUACCUGACAAGAUAAAAAAGAAGGUGGAAAAGAAGUUUGACGAGAUAGCAAACAGGAUCGAGAAAGGUGAAGUUGAAGUUGAAGAAGGCUAUGCAUUGUUUAAGGAGUUUGAAGACCAAAUGGUAUUGGAAUGUGCUAAAUUGAUGGAGGCUGAGGCUCCUGAACAGUUUGAUGAGACUGCUAUACCGGAUAAGAAAAAAGAUCUUGAUGACCCACCAGGUGAGGGCCCAAUUCUUAGGUGGCAAACACGCGUGGUCUUUGCUCCUGGUGGUGAUGCAUGGCACCCGAAAAAUAGAAAAGUAAAAUUGGCUGUUACUGUCAAAGAGCUCGGUUUGUCAAAGCAUCAAUUCUGCCGACUAAGAGAAUUAGCAGGAAACCGAUACAAUCCGGGAAAAGAUGAACUUACCAUAACCAGUGAGAGGUUUGAACACCGUGAGGAGAACAGAAAGGAUUGCCUCCGGACUCUCUUUUCGUUGAUUGAGGAGGCAGGUAAAGCUCGGAAACUGGUGGAGGACGCUGGAACUUCAAUCAUCAAAGAGAGACUUAAAGCUAAUCCAAAGUUCAUGCAGAGGUUUUAUGUGGCAGAAGUUCUUCUUGCUUUAGAGUAUUUGCACAUGCUCGGGAUUAUUUACCGAGAUCUUAAACCCGAAAAUGUUUUGGUGAGGGAAGACGGGCAUAUAAUGCUUUCAGAUUUUGACCUCUCCUUGAGGUGUGCAGUGAGCCCAACGGUAGUCAGAUCCUCGAACUCCAGCUUGGAAUCAAAAAGCUCGGGAUACUGUGUUCAACCAUCUUGUGUCAUCCAACCGACUUGUAUCCAACCCACGUGUUUUGGACCUCGUUUCCUGGGCAAAUCCAAGAAAGAAAAGAAAUCCAAACCAAAGACUGAAAUAUAUAAUCAAGUGAGCCCUCUUCCGGAACUCAUUGCCGAACCGACUAAUGCUCGAUCGAUGUCCUUUGUCGGUACACAUGAAUACUUGGCACCAGAAAUUAUCAAGGGCGAAGGCCAUGGGAGUGCGGUAGAUUGGUGGACUUUCGGGAUCUUUCUCUACGAGCUUUUGUUUGGGAGAACACCUUUUAAGGGAUCAGAAAACCGGGCUACUUUGUUUAAUGUAGUCGGACAGCCCCUGAGAUUUCCUGAGUCUCCUACAGUUAGCUUUGCUGCACGGGACUUGAUCAGAGCUGGUUCAUCGCUGUAUUAUGUGGGAAAUAUUCUCGUCAAAUUCUGA